AUGGCUCAGAUAUUAUCGGGUCUUUGGCUGAGCGAGUGGUCCGACGACUCUCUCAAUGCCAAUAAUAUAAAUGAUACAAAUCUUCGAUAUAUAUUCGGAGCUCUCGUCAACUCUUUGCGUAACUCAGCUGUGAAUUCGACUUCAAAUGUCGAAACGAAUAUCGUUUCGGUUGAGAGAUGUCUUGAAUACACAGAAACUCCGACAGAAGCCGAAUUGUAUAAUGAGGUAACAAAAUUAUCGCCUGAUUGGCCCGAAAGGGGAGAAAUAAAGUUCAGUGAAUACAGCACUAGAUAUAGAGAAGGAUUGGAUUUAGUGCUCAAAAAGAUUACAUUAGAAGUUCGGCCCAAAGAGAAGGUGGGAAUAGUCGGCAGAACGGGUGCCGGAAAGUCAUCGCUAACUCUGGCGCUGUUCCGACUCAUAGAACCGGUCGACGGAUCCAUAUUUAUAGACAAUCCUUUGGUCAUUAGGACGUCAAGCGCUCUAAGUUUACGACAGUUAUCGCAAAGUAUAGUGCCAUCGGAUGACGGGCUCACGUAUUUCAUCAUUUGUUUGAGACCUGAUUCACUAAUCGGUAGCUAUUAUCACAUCAGCUCAUUCCGAUUGGAUGAAAAAUUCAUCGAAACAUACGUUACGUACGGUCUUUACGACGUGACAAAACUGCUGUUGUUUGAGAAAUCAAUGCUAUAUUUUGAGGCCAAACAAUCGAUCGGCCCUUUGGAGACACAACACGUCUAUAGUGUCAACGUCUCGGCGCCCAACGGAGCCGUCAAAUGCCUUUCCUGUCACUAUAACACCGACUGUCCGUACUUUGAGGCCCACUUCAGCCCAACCGCCGAUUACUAUGCACUCCAAUGUCUCGGUCCAGACGUACCCAAAGUGUAUUUAAUUAAAUCAGUCCAACAAAAUAAUCCGUUUGAAUUGAUAGUGAAUGAAGAAUUGGUGGACAAAUUGCACCGCAAACUACUGCUCAGACAUCAAAUAUUUACUGUUAUUUCACAAAAGAAAAAAAUAUAUAUCAAACUCUUAUAUCCGCACGAAUUCGACGACGAAGUGGUCGAUAAAUACUCGCUUAUUAUUGAAGCAAAUAAUCCGGAAAACGGGGUUUUAAAUGACAAAUAUCGUAUAGAUUGGGCCCAUUAUCUCGUCUCAAAGCAUCAAUACAUUUACGGAUGGGUUGUCGCCGACAGCGAAGACGUUAGACAUAAUCGCGUGAAACAAAACUUUCAUUUCAUCGCCGAAGACAUCGAUAAAUACCAAAUUGCCGUCAAUUAUAUCAAAGAACACAAACGAUUCAUAAACGGCCAUAAGAUGUGCAUUUGGGGCAAUAAUAUCGGCGCCUUCGCCACCAUUUCCGCACUCGCGUCCAGUGAUAUACUUCGGUGCGCUGUAUUGGUCUCACCGGUCAUCAACUGGAGGCUAAUGGAUGCGGUCACUUAUGAGCACAUGUUUAAUACGGGCCAAACGUAUGACGACUUUGCCAUUCGUUUCGACGGCUUUAAUCUCAUGAAUAAAAUCAAUAGAUUGUUAGGAAAACACAUUUUACUCAUUCAUGGAUCGGCUGACGAAAUAGUUCCGAUUCAACACUCAAUGCAAUUCAUCAGACAAUUAGUGAGCGAGUAUUCAAAGUGUGGCGAUAUUGCGGAACCACUCUUACAGACGCAGAUAUAUCCCGACGAAGACAACACAUUGCUGUCUGUGAGACACCAUAUCUAUCAACGAAUUCUACUAUUUUUUGACCAAACAUUCAUCCAUAUUAUGCAUAAAACACAUGAUAUCAAAAGCACUUGAUCUCAAAUAGCCUUACAAUAUGUUUUCAAUAUCAUAUCAACUGUUAUAUCAAAC